AUGCAAAUUUUCGUCAAAACCCUUACGGGUAAAACCAUCACGCUUGAGGUUGAAGCGUCCGACACCAUCGAAAACGUGAAAGCAAAAAUUCAGGAUAAGGAAGGGAUCCCGCCCGACCAGCAGCGUCUUAUUUUUGCAGGGAAACAGCUUGAGGAUGGCCGCACAUUGUCCGAUUAUAACAUUCAGAAAGAGUCAACGCUUCACUUAGUGCUUCGAUUGCGUGGCGGAAUGCAGAUCUUUGUUAAGACCCUUACUGGAAAAACAAUUACUCUUGAAGUAGAGGCUUCAGACACAAUUGAGAAUGUCAAAGCCAAAAUCCAGGACAAAGAGGGAAUUCCUCCAGAUCAACAACGAUUAAUUUUUGCUGGGAAGCAGCUUGAGGAUGGAAGGACAUUGUCAGAUUACAACAUUCAGAAAGAAUCAACAUUACAUCUUGUCCUCCGGCUGCGUGGUGGAAUGCAGAUUUUUGUGAAAACGCUUACUGGCAAAACCAUAACUCUUGAAGUUGAGGCGUCUGACACGAUUGAAAAUGUCAAAGCAAAAAUUCAGGACAAAGAAGGGAUUCCUCCGGAUCAACAGCGUUUGAUUUUUGCUGGGAAGCAGCUUGAGGAUGGAAGGACAUUGUCAGAUUACAACAUUCAGAAAGAAUCGACGUUACAUCUUGUCCUCCGGUUACGUGGUGGGAUGCAGAUUUUCGUUAAAACUCUUACCGGGAAAACUAUAACGCUCGAAGUUGAGGCGUCUGAUACGAUUGAGAAUGUUAAAGCGAAGAUUCAGGACAAGGAAGGGAUUCCUCCGGAUCAACAACGUUUAAUUUUCGCUGGUAAACAGUUAGAGGAUGGUAGGACUCUCUCAGACUACAACAUCCAGAAAGAAUCUACGCUACAUUUGGUACUCCGUCUCCGAGGUGGCAUGCAAAUUUUCGUUAAGACCCUUACUGGGAAAACGAUAACGCUUGAAGUUGAGGCUUCGGACACCAUUGAAAAUGUGAAAGCGAAGAUUCAAGACAAAGAGGGAAUACCGCCGGAUCAACAGCGUUUAAUUUUCGCUGGUAAGCUUCUUGUUCAACACAUUCGAUGUUAUCGUUUGGCUUCUAGGUUGCACCAGCUCGAGGAUGGUCGAACGCUUUCUGAUUACAACAUCCAAAAGGAGUCCACCCUUCAUCUUGUGCUUCGGUUGCGUGGUGGUAUGCAGAUUUUCGUGAAGACUCUGACAGGGAAAACAAUUACUUUGGAAGUUGAGGCCUCAGAUACUAUCGAGAAUGUUAAGGCAAAAAUCCAGGACAAGGAGGGGAUCCCGCCCGACCAGCAGCGUCUUAUUUUUGCUGGCAAACAGCUUGAAGACGGCCGCACACUGUCAGAUUACAAUAUUCAGAAGGAGUCGACCCUUCAUUUGGUCCUUCGUCUUCGUGGCGGCUAUUGA